GGAUCCAUAAAAAAUACAUCAACUUUAGAUGAUUGGAUCUGGAAUGCAGGCACCUGGAGAUGACCGCAAGAGCACCUUCUUCCGUGCCAAGAAUAAUAGCCCAAUUUAGAAUUGCAUUUUGUAUUUUUACAAGACAAACGUCCAUCUUGCGCUUCUAGUCCAGGCAUCCAAUCCAUAGGUUCUAUAAAUACCGAACUGCAUUCUUCACUAGAAUUUUUAUCUUUAUCAUGUGGCACUGUAUUAAUAUCGAAAAAUAAUACUUCUCUGCAUGCUUUGCAUGAGUAUACGAGUUUAGAUUCAUCAUCUUGGCGCUCUGGUUCGUCUUCCAUCAUUAGAUAAUCCUCAUCAAAACUGUAGGUGUUGAAAUAGUAGUUUGCAAAUCCCUGAUCAACAGUACAUCUGUAUCUCUUGUAUAGUCUUAGCUGAUAAGCAAAUCCAUUGCUUAUAGCUGCCUUUGGAUGAAUGCUUGAAACAUAGCGAUAGACUUGGUUAAAGCCCUUGUUCCACUUUUUGAUUAAAUAGGAAGUGGUUAGUGUUACACUUCUCGACAUUCCUGCCGUGCAGUGAAUGAAAACGCUGCCAUUUUGUUCUCUAACGUACUCCACUAAACUACAAGGUAUUAUUAUAUACCAGAAAAUUCAGAUAGACUUACUCGUAUACAAAUCCAAAGGCAUUAAAAAGUCCUUCAUCGUUGGAAUCAUCAGCAAGUAUGAUAGAAUGGAGCGUGUGCUGCGAUUCACCCUCUUUACGGGCUGAAACUUUAUCGAAAUGGAGGUUUAAAUAGCUGUUAUUCUUGUACUUUAACAACUCUUGUGGUAGCACUGGGCAUUCUGGAUCACAAUCUUCUGAGGUACAAUCCGACUUUGUGGCUCCCCUGCGAAAGUUACACCAAAUUGUUUGAUCAAAACAGACAGUGACGACUGCUUUAAUGACAGGGUAGCUAGCCUCGGUUGAAUCGAGUCCAUUGAACGCUAAUGUGUGAUCCAUGCAGGGACCAAAGAGACUAUUUGCUUGGUAGAUGUUACCAACGAACAGUUCAGGAAGAAUCUUUGACAUUUUCCUAGUUUGUGUCCCCGGUCAACUUCACAGUAGCAUAUUCCCUUAAUCCAGCCUAUAGCCAACUAAAUGGGCUCAACAUGCAAAUAUAAAGAGUAUAGCAUAUUAAAAAUAAAACUGGCUUAGCUUGGCCAAAAGUGUAGGCGGGAAAGGCAGAAGGUCGAAGCUGAAUGGCCGGGAUAGUAGUGCUCUGCCUGCAAGACAGCCCACAGUCUACACAUUUUUUAUCUUGACUUCUACUUCCCAUACAAAGACGAAAUCAGAUAAAUUUUACUAAUAAAAUGAGACAUUGUUGAUAGUUUGGUCAGAAAUCGUUGCCUUUGCCAUAAAGAUUACUGUUUUGCCAGAAAAGUGGUCAUGUGCUGCAAUAACUAAUAUUGUAAGCAUAUAACUAUGGAGGAUAUCUCAGAGGCUGAGAAGCAAGAGUUUCAGCACUUCAUAAACAUCAUAUAUUCUUAUAUGACCUACAAGAGGGAUGGAUCGGUGGAUGUCGAACGUAUUUAUAGAUCUUUCGACCUCCUAUCCAAAGAUGAUAAGGAAUUGUUAAAGGAAUCACCCGCAAGGAGGACCUUCCAAAUCCUCCAAGCGCUCAUGCUCAACCAGCAGUUCAUUUCACUCAUGCUCUCUAGUAUUGUGGAUGUCGAUGAGGGACAAAAUUCUAGACCAAUUGAAUCAAACAACUAUACAGAGUCUAUGGAAGAUAUCCUAAAACGGCUGAGGUAUAUUGUAAAAAACUCUUCGUUCUGCAGGAUUCCGCAAGAGGUCGAGGACCCCGAAAUCCAACCAACCACGGAUCCGGUUGUUUUGCAGAGAAACAUGAACUGGGUACGAACAACGCUGAGACAAUUCGUUAGGGACUGGUCAGAGGAGGGAGCUCAGGAAAGAAAUCAGUGCUUCGAACCUCUACUGGACGCCUUGAAAAGAAGGGUUCCAAUUGUAGAUAAGAGUAAACGACCAAAAGUAUUGUGCCCUGGUUCUGGGCUCGGCCGUUUACCAUUUGAAGUUUUGAAUCUGGGAUAUGCAAGUCAGGGCAACGAAUUUUCGUAUUUUAUGCUAAUAGGUUCAUUCUUCAUAAUAAAUCACUCGAUAAAGCCGAAAUCGUUGAAAAUAUAUCCAUAUUGCCUAGAUACUAGUAAUAGGAUGACGUUUAAAGACCAACUACAACCUGUAGCUAUCCCGGACGUUUCUCCGGCUGAUAGCAACUUUGAAGGUCAUGAUUUCUCAAUGUGCGCGGGAGAAUUCACUGAAGUGUAUGAAAAUAUACAUGAAGAAUUCGACGCUGUGUUAACCUCCUUCUUUCUGGACACUGCCAAGAACGUCAUUACUUACGUUCGAACAAUCGCAAAAAUUACCAAAAAGGGAGGUUUGUGGGCCAAUAUAGGUCCUUUGUUGUACCAUUAUGCGGAUAUAAGUCACAAUUCUAUCGAGCUGCCUUGGGAUGAAUUGGAAUCUAUCAUCUCAAAAUGGUUCAAAAUAGAAAAUCUAUGCUGGAAGGAUGCAAAUUAUACCUCAAAUCCAAGUAGCAUGAUGAAAACACAGUACAAAUGUGUCUAUUUUGAAGCCAUUCGAAGUGAUGUUGAGGUAAUAGGUCGCUCUAACAUCUUCUAA